UGGUUUUCACAGGUAUCUCUGAGCUCAAAAGCGCGCCGCGCGAUUCCGGGCUGGCUUUGCGCAGCCUCUCUUCUUUAGAAUCCGGAACUCUGGCGGGUCGCUCAACGUUUUCCAGUCGGCGGUGAAAGCGCAGUUCCGGCUGUCCCGGAAGUUCUUUCACAGUCGUUCCCCAGGCGGUGGUAGAGGAGGCCUCGAAAUGGAUCGCAGUCGCAGUCGCAGCCGUAGCCGCAGCCGCAGCCGCAGCCGCAGCCGCUCUCCACUGAUGGAACCUAAGCGGUCCCGGUCCGCUUCCAGGGAGAGAGAACAAGGGAACCAAGAAAGUUCUCAGCCCCAGGAGAAAGAUGAGAAAAUGAGCCAGUCCCAGGAGAAAGAUGAGAAAAUGAGCCAGUCCCAGGAGAAAGAUGAGAAAAGGAGCCAGUCCCAGGAGAAAGAUGAGAAAAGGAGCCAGUCCCAGGAGAAAGAUGAGAAAAUGAGCCAAUCCCAGGAGAAAGAUGAGAAAAGGAGUCAAUCCCAGGAGAAAGAUCAGAAAAGGAGCCGCUCGCAAUCCCCACACAGAAAACGCUCCAAAUCCCCAAGACGACACAGAUCCACAUCUCCUUCCCCUUCUCAACCGAAAGGAAGAAAAGAUGAGGAACCAAAGGAAACAAAGAGUGAAGAACAACAGAUUACUGCAGAGGAAGACUCAGAGGGCAAAACAGAGGAAGAAAUAGAAAUGAUGAAGGUAAUGGGAUUUGCUGCCUUUGACUCCACUAAAGGAAAAAGAUUGGAUGGCAAUGUAAAUGCCUAUGCCAUAAAUGUGUCUCAGAAAAGGAAGUACAGAGAGAGCGAAAGGGAGAGGGGGAGAGACAGAGACCGAGACAGAGACAGAGACAGAGAAACAUCGAGGCGGGAGAGACACAUGGAUCGGCCACCUCCCUCACGCACCUCAACUGGGGACCGAAACCGCUCCGACAGAGAAUCAAGCCGGCGACACUAUGGAUCACGGGAGUACACUAAACCAUCUGAGCCACACCGGCCAGGGCUCAAAUUAUAGAUUUUAAAUAGAUUUCUCCUGGAUUUCUCGCCUAGAUUGAUGAUGCAGUACAUGAAUCGAAACAGACCUUUGGAUUUCAUUGCAUGAGAAUUGAACUGUUGAAGAAUGAUUUUUUUUCCCCCUCAUCUUGAUCAGAAGAGUGGAUUUUGUAUUUUGUGUUUCAUAUGCAUCAAAACAGGAUCACAUUCCUUCCUCCUUGUAAAGUAAGAAAAUUUUGUCUGACGUGCAGUUCACUUACCCUGCCUCAAAAGAAGAAGUACUAAAUAUUACAUUUUUUUCUUUUAGGAAAUAUUUGGGGCAGUCAUCAACCCCAUUUUUUUUUUUGUCUUUAUUCCUGUGGAAGCUGUAUAUGUUUUCUUCUUGGAUGUUCGUUAGGACUUUUUAAAACACAUAAAAGUAAUUCGAUGUAAGCUUCUCCAAUAAAGCAAUAUUUCUACCCCUUUGUAUUUGAUAAAUACUUUAUUACUAUGUUAAAAUACCUUCCUACACAUUUUUUCUUUUUAUACAUAGAUUUAGGUAUCAUGACCCUUAGUAGUUUAAAAAUUAGAAGAAUGAAAAUGUAUAACUAGAUUUUUGGGUCUUCUGAGGUUUUUUCCCCCCUCAAUAUCAUUUAUUACUUUCCCCCCAUUUAAAAAGCAGUACGUGCUUAUUAUAUUAAAAAAAAAAAAACUUGGGA